AUGGCGGAUGUGAACGAGUUGUUCAAGUCCGGCAGUACUGCGAAAAGGAAGCUUGAUGUUGUGCGAGAUCCCAAUGAAAUAUACAAGUCAGCCAAACUGAGCGCAGCUGACGCCAUCAGUCGACAUGCCAGCACAGUAGACGCGGAAGGAGACGAUAGCGAUUUCACUGCCGGUCCGCAAAACCCACCUGAAGAUGGCGAAGACGAAGACUGUGGCCCAGAAAUGCCGCCAGACGAUGACGACGAGGGUCGAUUCUUUGGCGGAGGUAUUACAAAGCAGGAGUCUGAGAUCCUCGACUUCGUAGACGGCCAUGGCGAGGAAUCAUCCGCCCCUGAAAAGAUCGAUGCUGGCUGGGUACGAAAAACGGCACUAAACUUUGAGAAGCGCAUCACGCGAAAUGCUGAGCUGCGCGCAAGGUUUGCCGACGAGCCACACAAGUUUAUUGAGAGCGAGGCCGAUCUCGACGCUGCCAUCAAAGACCUCUCGAUCCUGUCCGAGCACCCCGAGUUAUAUCCCCAAUUCGCAAAGUUGGGAUGCGUCGAGAGCCUCGUCGGCUUGUUGGCCCAUGACAACACAGAUAUUGCGAUUGAUGCGGUGGAAAUUAUUGGCGAGCUUAUUGACGAAGACGUCAAUGCAGCGGAUCAGGAUUGGGAUACUCUAGUGGAUGGCUUAUUGACUGCAGACCUCAUUGGCUUGCUAGUGUCCAACUUCUCGCGUCUGAACGAAGAGGACGAGUCUGACCGUGGUGGUAUAUAUCAUGCUCUUGGAGUCGUUGAAAGCCUGCUCUCCAAAACGGCGAAUGCUGAAAAGGUGGGACAGAACACAACGCUGGUCAAAUGGCUACUUGACAGGGCACAGCGCCAAGAAACACCCGUGUCCCAAAACAAGCAAUAUGCUACGGAAAUUCUCGACAUUAUUGCGAACGCAUCGCCAGCAACAAGACGGACACUCGCCGAGAUGGAUGCGGUCGAGGUUUUACUCCAGCUGGUCUCUGCGUAUCGCAAACGUGACCCUGAGAAGGGGGGCGAGGAGGAAGAGUAUAUGGAGAACCUCUUCAACGCUCUCAUCUGCAUUGUGGAUGAGCCAGAAGGCAAGGCCAAGUUCCUCGAAGCCGAGGGCGUCGAAUUAUGCCUGAUCAUGCUCAAGGAGGCCAAGAUGAGCAAGCAGCCGGCAAUGCGUCUACUUGUACACAGCGUUGACGAGGAUAUGAGCGGGCAGCUAUGCCGAAAAUUAGUAGACGCUGGCGGGCUGAAAGUGCUCUUCUCCAUUUUCAAGAAGACGAGCAAAACUCAGAGGCAGAUGACAGAAAGCCUAUUUGAUGUAUUCAGGUCCUUGCUACGAUUCUUGCCUGCUGACUCUGCCGAGCGAAUCAGGACAUUGGCCAAAUUCGUGGAGAAGGACUACGAAAAGCUGGGUCGGCUCUACGAGUGUCGGAAGAGGUAUAGUUCCAUGUUGGAUGCGCAACAGGAAAAGAUUCGUCAAGAGCAAAUUGGCAUGAGCGCUGAGGAGAUUGAGCUCUCGGAAGGCGAGUGGUUCAUGAAGAGGAUUGAGGAAGGUCUCCACAGCUUCUGGAAUAUCGAUGUUGUCUUGGCCUGGCUCAUAGCUGAAGAUUCUGGGGCUAGGAGGAAGGCGCAGAAGCUCCUGGCCGCUGAUGGGAAGGGUCUAUCAGCCAUCAAAGCGACGUUGGAAGAAUACCGAUCUGACCUCACCCUGGAAAAGCCCGAGCACAAAGAUCUCUCCGAUAUGCUCACCACUCUCAUGGACUUUUUAGUUUAG